AUAACCGGGUCUUCGUAGAUAAGCCAAGUGAAGUCUCCACCAUGAUAGUCGUUUUGGUGCUGCAGACCAAAUAUAACUUUUAAACCACGUGCAGCCAGGUGAAGGCAACGGUCUGACUAGUGCACAAUACUAGAUAAAAAGCCAGACAGCGACCCAUCGCGAGCUACGUGCUGGUUGGUUGACUUUUUCACCUCAUCAACUCAAGACAUUUUUACUGUCUGAAUCGGCUUACCAGGCUUUUGACACGACUCACUGUAAAGAUGAUACUGCAGGUUGGAAGCAUGCGUGGCUCAGCUGUGGGGCUGCUGGCCGUGCGCCGAGCAUGCUUCCUGUCCCGCUGCACCCACAGCGCCCCCCAGGCGCUUCAGUACAAACCCAUCAAGAAGGUCAUGGUGGCCAACCGAGGUGAAAUCGCUAUCCGUGUGUUCCGGGCGUGCACUGAGCUGGGGAUCCGCACCGUGGCGGUGUACUCGGAGCAGGACACGGGCCAGAUGCACCGGCAGAAGGCGGACGAGGCCUACCUCAUAGGGAAGGGCAUGGCACCUGUGGCGGCCUACCUCCACAUCCCAGACAUCAUCAAAGUGGCCAAGGAGAACGAUGUGGACGCCAUCCACCCUGGCUACGGCUUCCUGUCUGAGAGGUCGGACUUCGCCCAGGCAUGUGUGGACGCAGGGGUUCGCUUCAUUGGCCCUGCUCCUGAUGUUGUUCGCAAAAUGGGGGACAAAGUGGAGGCCAGGGCGAUCGCCAUCCGCGCAGGGGUGCCAGUCGUACCCGGCACCGAUGCUCCCAUCGCCAGCCUCCACGAAGCCAAGGAGUUUGCCAACACCUACGGCUACCCGAUCAUCUUCAAGGCUGCCUACGGGGGAGGAGGCAGAGGCAUGAGAGUGGUGAAGGAGUAUGAGGAGCUGGAGGAAAACUACCAGCGGGCGUACUCCGAGGCGCUGACGGCCUUCGGGAACGGGGCUCUGUUCGUGGAGAAGUUCAUAGAGAAGCCCAGGCACAUCGAGGUCCAAAUCCUGGGCGAUAAGUACGGUAACGUGAUCCACCUCUACGAGAGGGACUGCUCCAUUCAACGGAGGCACCAGAAAGUGGUUGAAAUCGCCCCGGCAACACAGCUGGACCCCCAUCUCCGAGACAGGCUCACUGCUGACUCUGUCAACCUGGCCAAACAGGUGGGCUAUGAGAACGCAGGCACAGUGGAGUUCCUGGUGGACAAACAUGGCCGCUACUACUUCAUCGAGGUCAACUCCCGCCUACAGGUGGAACACACCGUGACCGAGCAGAUCACAGAUGUGGACCUUGUGCACGCUCAGCUGCGUGUGUGUGAGGGCCGCAGCCUGCCUGAGCUGGGCCUCAAACAGGACAAGAUCCGGAUCAACGGCUACGCCAUCCAGUGCCGCGUCACCACCGAGGACCCCGCCCGAGGCUUCCAGCCCGACACCGGCCGACUGGAGGUGUUCCGCAGCGGCGAGGGGAUGGGCAUCCGUCUGGACAGCGCGUCUGCCUUCCAGGGCGCCAUCAUCUCCCCGCACUACGACUCCCUGCUGGUCAAGGUCAUCGCCAGCGGCAACGACCUGCCCGCCGCCGCCGCCAAGAUGAACCGGGCGCUGGCCGAGUUCCGCGUGCGCGGGGUCAAGACCAACAUCCCCUUUCUCCAGAACGUUCUGAACAACGACCAGUUCCUGUACGGCACCGUCGACACCCAGUUCAUAGACGAGAACCAGGACCUCUUCAACCUCAAACCGGUUCAGAACCGAGCCCAAAAGCUGCUGCACUUUCUGGGUCACGUCAUGGUGAACGGUCCCACUACGCCGAUCCCGGUCAAGGCCAAGCCGUCAUCCAUCGACCCUGUGGUUCCUCCCGUCCCACUGGGCGAGCCUCCUGUGGGUUUCCGUGAAGUGCUGCUGAGGGAGGGUCCCGAGGGCUUUGCCAAGGCGGUGCGUGCCCACCAGGGCCUCCUGCUCAUGGACACCACCUUCAGAGAUGCCCACCAGUCUCUGCUGGCCACCCGAGUGCGCACCCACGACCUCAAACAGAUCGCCCCUUUUGUGGCUCACAACUUCAACAACCUCUUCAGCGUGGAGAACUGGGGAGGCGCCACCUUCGACGUGGCGAUGCGUUUCCUGAGCGAGUGCCCGUGGCGGCGGCUGCAGGAGCUGCGGGCGCUGAUCCCUAACGUUCCCUUCCAGAUGCUUCUGAGGGGCGCCAACGCCGUCGGUUACACCAACUACCCCGACAACGCUGUGUUCAAGUUCUGCGAGGUGGCCAAGGAGAACGGCAUGGACAUUUUCCGGGUGUUCGACUCUCUGAACUACCUGCCCAACAUGAUCCUGGGCAUGGAGGCUGCGGGGGCAGCUGGGGGGGUGGUGGAGGCCUCCAUAUCCUACACAGGAGACGUCUCCGACCCCAUGAGACAGAAGUACUCCCUGGAGUACUACCUGAACCUGGCGGACGAACUGGUCAAGGCCGGGACACACAUACUGGCUAUCAAGGACAUGGCAGGGCUUCUGAAACCAGAGUCCAGCCGGAUGCUGAUUGGAGCUCUGAGGGACCGCUUCCCCGAUAUGCCCAUCCACGUCCACACGCACGACACGGCCGGCGCCGGCGUGGCGGCCAUGUUGGCGUGCGCAGAAGCCGGGGCAGACGUGGUGGACGUGGCGGUGGACUCCAUGGCGGGAAUGACAUCACAGCCCAGCAUGGGGGCGCUGGUGGCCUGCACUAAGGGGACCAAACAGAACACAGGCAUUCCUCUGGAGAAGGUGUUUGACUACAGCGAGUACUGGGAGGUCGCUCGUGGGCUCUACGCACCUUUCGACUGCACGGCCACCAUGAAGUCUGGAAACGCAGACGUUUACGAGAACGAAAUCCCAGGAGGCCAGUACACCAACCUGCACUUCCAGGCUCACAGCAUGGGCCUGGGACACAAGUUCAAGGAGGUGAAGAAGGCCUACACCGAGGGGAACAAGUUGCUCGGUGACCUCAUCAAGGUGACCCCCUCCUCAAAGAUCGUGGGCGACCUGGCCCAGUUCAUGGUGCAGAACUCUCUGACGCGGGCGGAAGUGGAGGAGCGUGCGGACGAGCUGUCCUUCCCGCUGUCAGUGGUCGAGUUCCUGCAAGGACAUAUCGGCAUUCCUCAUGGAGGCUUCCCAGAGCCCUUCCGUUCCAAGGUGCUCAAGUCUCUGCCCCGCGUGGAGGGCAGACCAGGUGCCUCUCUACCCCCCAUGGAUUUCGAGGCCCUGGAGAAACGGUUGCGAGAGGCGCACGGUGAUGACAUCACUCCCGAGGAUGUGAUGUCAGCGGCCAUGUACCCGAAGGUGUUCCAGGAGUUCAAAGACUUCACCACCACCUUCGGACCGGUGGACUGUCUGAACACUCGCCUGUUCCUCGACGGGCCCAAGAUCGCUGAGGAAUUCGAGGUGGAGCUGGAAAGGGGGAAGACCCUCCACAUCAAGGCACUGGCCCUGGGAGAUCUCAACAAGGCUGGCCAGAGGGAGGUGUUCUUCGAGCUUAACGGCCAGCUGAGGUCCGUCCUGGUCAAGGAUACGGUGGCCAUGAAGGAGAUGCAUUUCCACCCCAAGGCCCUGAAGGACGUGCGCGGGCAGGUGGGCGCGCCCAUGCCUGGCAAGGUGGUGGAGGUGAAGGUGCAGCAGGGCCAGAAGGUGGAGAAGGGCCAGCCUCUGUGCGUGCUCAGCGCCAUGAAGAUGGAGACGGUGGUCAACUCUCCCCUCGCGGGCACCGUGGCCAAGGUGUACGUCUCCACAGACAGCAACCUGGAGGGAGACGACCUCAUCCUGGAGAUCACAGAGUGAGAGGAGAAGGAGAGGAUGGGGUGAGAGGAGGAGGAGGAGGAGGGGGAGGAGAGGAUGGGGUGA